AUGAACCAUCGGGUGAAGGAUGUUCGAGUUCCGAGGACGAAGCUCAGGCUUCACAAAUUAGACAAUGAUACAGAUGACUCUGAAGAACGUAACCAAAGGGAUAUAGUAACUUCUGACAUCCGCGUAAGUCAUGAACAUACUCAACUAUUACCAUCUGAUGUGCAUGUAAAUGAGAGUACUAAUUUACCAAACCCUGAUACUGCUACUUAUAGUCAAAGGUCCUCCGAUAUAACUGAACCUCUUACAGAAGAAUCGUGGUCUUCCACUAUUGCUGAUAUACCAGAUUUCAAUUUCGAUAGCUCUCAGUGUGGUAUUACCGUAAAUAUUGAUGGCAUUAGCCAAGUUCUUGAUUUUUUUCACCUUGUUUUUCCAUCAAGCUAUAUAGAAUACCUGGUAAACUGUACUAACAAUUAUGGAAAAACUUUAUGCAACAGUAAUAGGCCUCAUACUAGACACAGCCGCAAAAUUACGUAUCGUGAAGUUACACCUGAAGAAAUGUUGAAAUUUCUCGGACUUACACUCCUCAAAGGUCUCAUAAAAUGUCCUAAACGACGACACGUAUUUUCAUUAUCUGAUCCACUUUAUUAUCAUCCCAUAUUUAGCUUCGUGAUGUCAGGACGGAGAUAUGAGCAAAUUUUACGCUGUAUUUACGUAUCAGAAUUGGAUGCAAAGGGCGAAAAUAAAAUUGUAAAAUUUAUUGAUAUGAUGACACUAAACUUUCGACAAGUAUAUAAUGCUGAUAAAGAACUUUCAUUGGAUGAAUCGCUCCUUUUGUUUCGGGGUCGCUUGCACUUUCGUCAAUAUAUCAAGUCUAAAAAAGCCCGCUAUGGCAUCAAGUUUUACGAACUGACCACUCACGAUGGCUAUGUGCUAAAUAUAAAAAUGUACUCUGGUAAAGAAGCAAUAGAAGAAAACACGAGUGAAACUGAAUCUAAGACUGAAAAACUAGUUUUGAGAUUAAUGCGCCCCUAUUUGCUACGUGGUCAUCAUAUUUUUAUGGAUAAUUUCUAUAAUUCAGUAAAUUUAUCAAGGAAAUUACUCGAUCUGAAAACCCAUUCCACUGGAACCUUGCGUACAAAUCGGAAAGGAAAUCCUGCAUAUAUUGUAAAGAAAAAGCUAAAGAAAGGUGAGCAUGUAUGGGCCAGGAAGGAUAAAAUUUACGUUUCAAAAUGGAAAGAUAAACGUCCAGUAGUGAUGAUUACCACGGCCCAACACCCUUUGAUUGUUGAAGUAAGAAAUAGAUUUGGCAAGACAAGACCAAAACCUGCAGAAGUGGAGCUUUAUAAUAGAAAUAUGUCAGGUAUAGACAGGUCCGAUCAAAUGAUCUCAUAUUAUUCGUGCCCUCGAAAAACCAUCAGAUGGUAUAAAAAGGUAUUCUUCCAUAUCCUGGAUAUUGCGGUGUCGAAUGCUUACUUUCUUUUCAAAAAAUAUAGAAAAAACAAUGCCCCCACAUACAAUUAUAUAAACUACCGAGAAGAAUUGAUUAAAGUGAUGAUUGGGAUCAGUGGAAGAAAUAUUAAGCCAAAAGACAUGAUCAGUCAAAGGAGUAUACAUGAUAACAGACGAUUUCGCCCAAGUACGAGUACAUUAUCUACUCCGUCAGCCAAUAUUCCUGUUGCUGAAAAUGUUACAACUGGCCAUUGGCCUGAACAAAUGUUAUCUCGGCCUGGUACCUCGAAAAAGUUUGCCUUCCUUAAAUGCAAACUCGGAGGCCAGCGUGCGAGGCGACUCGUAGGCGAGGUCGGCGGGCAGCGGGCGCAGGCGCGGGAACAGCGGCGCCAGGCGCGAGGCGCGCGCCACGUACUCCGCGACCAGCGAGCGCGCCGCCUCGCCCGCCGCGCCGACCCCCCCGGCCGCCCCGGCCCCCCCGGCCUCGCCGACCCCCCCGGCCUCGCCGACCCCUCCGCCCGCGCCGACCUCGUGCGCCUCCGCCUCGCCUCUCUGCGGAGCGGAGCGUGUUACUGCUGA